AUGGCAUCACUAGUGAGUAGACGGACACCUCUCGGUGAUUUGUCAAAUUCAGUGAAGACUGGUGCCUCUCGAAUCCCUCAUGACGCUAGCAAGAUGAAAAGUAUCUCCAAAGCACCAGGGAAAGUGCAAACUUCUGGCAGAAAACCGCUUUCCGACAUUUCUAAUUCAAGGAAGCCUGAAACAAAAAAGAAGAAUUUAAAUGCAAAGAAGCUAACUGUCCUGACAGAGGAACCAGAUCAAACCAUUGUAAUUGCAGAGGAAAAGUUUCUGCACAAUCAUCAGGAAUGCAUCAAAGCACAAACAAGAGCUAUGGACGUCAAUGAGUUUCUGCAAUCAAUUGGACUAAAAGACGAUUUUUCCAAGAAGUUUGCAACUCCAUGUUCACCACCGGCAUCAAUUACAAUGAAGAAACCCCCAAAGCCCUUCCAAUUGGAAGCGAUGAUCGAGCAGCUCCAGGAAGAUUGGUCUUGGCAAUACAAACUUGACUCUCCAUCUCCUUGCAGAACGCCAGUAUCACCAAAGCAUUGUAGGGACUGGAAGGAACAUGACUGCUGUACCAACUUUAAGUUGCUAGAAACCCCAGAGUUGCCAAAACGUUGA